AUGGGCUCUUCCGAGUCUCAACAGUCCGAUGUCCUAGCCCAGCUGGCAUCGAAGACUGUCAUAGUGACCGGAGGCGCAGGCGGAAUCGGUGCAGCCACAGCCAAAGUUUUCAACACCAAUGGCGCCAACGUGGUGAUUGCCGAUAUUCCCAGCUCGCAGGAGACUGCCCAGAAGCUGAUUGCGAGCUUCCCGUAUCCUGAGAAAGCCGUUUUUACGCCCGUUGACAUCCUCAACUGGGAGCAGAUGCUGGAUCUGUUCCGCGGGACCAUAGACCGGUUCGGGUCCAUCGACACUGUCGUCGCAAAUGCAGGCAUCAUGGAGAAGACAGAGACGCUGGAUAUCGAAAGCACAGACGACCAGGGGAAUCUGCUCGAGUCCACCGGUGCAUUCAACGUUAUCGACGUAAAUGUGAAGGGUACAUUAAACACACUACGACUCGCUAUGCAUUACAUGAAAUCAUCUACCAACAAUAGCGCUGGGCGCAAAUCAAUUGUUCUCGUCGCUUCGACGUCCGGCUACUUUGGCGGCACUGGGGUGUCCGCAUACGUAUCCUCAAAGCACGCCAUCAUCGGCCUGCUGCGAAGCUCGCAUGUCACAGCAAAACAACAUGGAAUCACAGUCACGGGCAUAGCGCCCUUCUUCACAUACACAAAUAUCACGGCCAAAGCGGGGACGCAGUGGCAGGCAGAUGGUCUGAAACCGAACACAACGGCCGACGUCGGGCUGGCCAUUGCGCAGAACUCGGUCGAGGGCGCUAGCGGUAGCUGUACGCUGGUCGCUGGUCCGCACCGCAAGGAAAUGGAGGGCAGUCGAAGCGAGAUCAUGCCACAGUGGCUAGGUCAGGGUAUCUUUGAUUUCUUCCAGAAUGCGUUCAAGAUAAUUUCCAGUAGUGGAGGAUAUAAUCUUCCUAGUAAUAACUCAAGGGCGUAA